AGAAAUAUUUCAAAGAGUGUCGAAUGUUUCACGAAUUGGCGGUUUUUCGGCGGCCGUGGUGUAAUUGUUGAUAGUUUUGUGUAAUCUGUACAGUUUAUUCCUUCCACCGUCGCCUCAGUUAAAAUCCGCCUGCUCCGGCGAAUAGAGCGACGGAGGGAAGCGGAUAUGUUGGCCAGACGAAUUCCUUCCAUGGCAGUUCAUCUCCCGGAAGUUGUGCCAUGGCGUCGUGGUCCUUCCCAUUGCAUCAAUGCGAGGACGGCGCUUGAUUCCCACUCAUUUUGCCCUAAAACUUGUUUAGUAUCCCUUUGUUCUGCUUCUCAAUUAUCCUCUGAAGUUGCAGAUUCAGUUCAGGCUGAAGAAUCCUCGAAGCGCGGUCCCCUGAAACCUGGCUUGUAUCUGGUUGGGACGCCAAUUGGUAAUCUUGAAGAUAUCACCCUACGUGCUAUACGUGUCUUAAAAUCAGCACACGUCAUUCUUUCAGAGGAUACAAGGCACUCAGGAAAGUUGCUUCAUCAUUUCAAUAUUAGAACCCCCCUUCUGAGCUUUCACAAAUUCAAUGAGUCUCAAAGAGAGCAAUCAGUGUUGAAGAGGUUAAAGCAGGGUGAAAUUGUUGCCCUAAUUAGUGAUGCAGGGACACCAGGCAUUAGUGAUCCUGGUAGUGAGUUGGUUAAAUUAUGUGUCAAUGAAGACAUACCUGUUGUUCCCAUUCCUGGGCCCUCCGCUGUAGUUGCUGCUCUUUCUGCCUCUGGCUUGUCAACCGAUGAGUUCACAUUUGUUGGAUUUGUUCCGAAGCAUUCUGCAUCCAGAAGAGAGAGGCUGACGGUUUCAGCAAAUGAGGAAGCAACUCAAAUAUUCUAUGUUCCCCCUCAUAAACUUAAGCAGUUUCUCGAGGAAACUUUAUCAUUAUUUGGUGAAUCAAGACGAUGUGUUAUAGCUCGUGAAAUGACAAAGAUACAUGAGGAGUUUUGGCGGGGCACACUGGCUGAAGCUAAAGAGUUUUUCUCGUUGCACCAAACAAAGGGCGAAAUUACGCUGUUGAUUGAAGGAAAGCUAGAUUCUGGAGUUGAAGCUCCAUCAGAAUUGCAAUUGGAAAAGGAGUUGCAAGAAUUGAUCUCUAGUGGCCAUAGGCUUUCUAUGGCUGUCAAAUUGGUUGCUAGCAAAACAUCAGCAAGUAGGAAAACCGUCUAUUCGAUUGCAUUGCGAAAAUUCGGGAAUCAACUUGGAGCGGACAGCGAUUCUUGUAAAUAAUGACUGUCUGUAGCAUGCUUGCUAGAAGUGAAGUACGGCUGAUGUCUUUAUUUUUGCAGAUGACUAAUUUGUAUAAAUUGAUUUAAGUUAUCUUCUGAAGAACAACUUGCAAUUUCCAUACUAUUGUUCUAAUAUUUUCUUCUGUUUGUCCUCGGAUUCAUUAGAUGAAGGUAUUUUUGCUGU